AUGUCGCAAGAAGAAUUCUCCUAUAUUGACUAUGAGGCAUUUCUCGACCCGUCAUUUUCAGCGGCAUCUUUUGCCAAUACCCUAGUGCUGGCCACAAACAAUCCCUCAGACACACCCCUAGACCUUUCCACACCACUGUCGCGAGUACUCUUCGAUGUUCAGGAGGUUGACACGCAUAUCGACAAUCUAACCACAAGGUCUGCUUUGCCGCUACUGGAGCAUACCAAGGAUCAUGCCGAAGCAAGCGGACGCAUACUGCAAGAGGUGGAAGCGCAGGUUGCAAGCUUGACUGAAAGCUACAAGACCCUAGAGAAGGAGGUCAUCGAACGUUACGAGGCUGCAGAGCAAGUCCGCUUGGCAGCCGAGCGGCUAUGUCAAACCGUGAAGGUCGGCCGCGCAAUUGGGCGGUGUCUCAUGCUUGGACGGCAGCUCGAGGCUCAGAUGGCCGAAUUGAAUGCCUCAGCUGCCGGUCCUGGGAGGCGUGAGGACCACCGAGGCAUGGUGAGGUCGUCCAACACGUUUUUGUCUCUGCGCCAGCUUUUUCUUGCAUCGAAACCUGGGCAAGAGGGUGAAGGAUUGGAAAGGAUCAACGUGGUAACUGCGCUCAAGAACGAACUGGUUACACCGGCGGAGCAACGGGUAAUAUCUCGAUCUCAGCAGAUCGUCAGGGAGUUCUCAAUGUCAUCUCUGCUAGCAUCCAAUACCUCGUCACAGCCAUUGAGCUCGGCAUCGACCUACGCGCAGACCGAGGACACCAAGUCUCGUGCUACCUCUGCGCUCUUGACGCUUUAUCUGCUCUCACCUACGCCAACCGGAGCGAGUACAGCGAGUUUCGUGCCGACACUGCUCAUUGAUGCUCUGCGAGACUACCUGCAGACGGCACUCAAAUCCUCGCUCGCUGCUCUUGCCCGAGCGCUAGCGACCUUACCAACGCUAGACCGCACACUCUUGGAAGUGGCUGCUCGCUGUCAAAACAUCGUGGCGCUAGAGGCCUUGCUGGAGUCUAUCAAGCCGCCCCAGCAUCCGCUCCUGACUCCGCCCUCAAACGCUACAAAAUCCAUUGAUGGCGAGACAAGCCACAAUGCACCAUACGCGAACCUCCUUCAGCCACUUCUGCAUUCUCUCGACACAUCCUCACUACCGUCUUAUUUCUGGCGUUCUCUGUCCUCGGAUCUGUCGCCUCGCGUGCAGGACAUCAUAAACAAGGGUGGUGUUUCUGCGCGGACCCUGCGAAGCAACAGAGAUAGGGUCAGGGAUUCCAUCCGCGAAUGCGUCAAUCGAGGCUCGCAGUUACCUGCAAGUCCGGUGAGCCGAGGCAGAGGAGUCGCUACUGGGAACUGGGAAAGAGAAGCAGCGGUAAUGGUUGGCGCAGUGGUUGGGUUACUUGGACGGUGA